AUGAUGGAGUCAUCAGCCCCGAUCGUCACACCACCACAGUCCUUGUUAGAAAGGGAGCUGACAGAGUUUGGGGUUAGCUUGCACGUGGAGGUGCAGUACCACUACAAGAGCAAGCUCAAGUCCGCCUGGGCUGCCGCCUUCCGGGGGGCACUGAAGUCCGCGUCGGACAGCAGCAGGCGCGAUUUGUUCUACCCAUUUGGUACCAGUAGUGGCGAUAUUACCAAUCUGGUCAGCGAUGAUGGAAGCUCCCCAAACAUAUCCAUCUCAACAUGGUUCCCAUUCUUUGAAAGAUCCUACAAGUCCUUGUAUGUCAACAACAACGGUGUCAUCUCCUUUGUCGUGCCUGUGAGCCAGUACACACCUACUGCAUUCCCAUUACCGGACGGGCGCGCCUUCAUUGCCCCGUUCUGGGCAGAUGUGGACAAUAGUCUGGGUGGCAACGUCUACUACCGCGAGAGUACCGAGGAAGCGUUACUGCAACGGGCCACGGCGGACGUCCGCAAGUACUCACCCGGAAUCGAAUUUCAAGCUCGCUGGGUGUUUGUGGCUACUUGGGAUAACGUUGCUUAUUAUGGCUCCCAGUCCUCCAAGGUGAACAGUUUCCAGGCAGUCCUGAUUACCGAUGGCUUACAAUCAUUUAUCAUCUUUAACUACUGGAAUAUUGAAUGGACUACCGGAACAGCGAGUGGUGGCUACCCAUCGACCGGCCUUGGCGGGACCCCAGCACAGGCUGGCUUCAACAGCGGGGACUCCCUGAACUUUUUCUCAAUUCCUGGGUCCCGGACGUCAGAGAUCAUCGAUAUCGAGACAACCAGCAACGUGGACGAGCCUAGUCGAUGGGUCUUCAGGGCGGAUACAUUCAAAGCACUCGGGGGUUGUAUAUAUAAAGGAAUGUACAUUCGGGAAAACCAGACAGUGUGGGUCAAUGGAAGCUGCCAAACCAAAUGUAAAUGUUCCUCGGAAGGGUUGUUAACGUGUGGUUCUGAACCGUGCGGCGCGGCAGAGAUCUGCGUUCCUGCUCCACCGUUCCACGCCUGCCGCCCAGUCUCGAUGAAGACCUGCGACGUUUACGGAGACCCCCACUAUUACACCUUCGACCAGAGGGUCAUCCACUUCCAGGGGACGUGCACCUAUGUCCUGUCCGAGCUGUGUGAUGGACUGUCUGACUUGACCUACUACAGGGUGGAGGGAGCGAACGAGAACCGCGGGAGCGUGGCCGUAUCGUUCGUGAGACUCGUCCGUCUCCUGGUCUACGGAACUGAAGUUAUUAUGCUCAAGGGGACUACCAACUACGUCCUGCUCAACGGGACCCGGAGUUCCGUCCCGGUCUUCCUCGAGGAUGGCCGACUCCAAGUCCGGACAUUUGGAUUCACUAUGAGGGCGACAGCGGACUUCGGACUGACCGUGACCUACGAUGGCGCCCACCACGCCUCGAUCACCCUGCCAGGAACCUAUCACGGAGCCGUCUGUGGGAUGUGCGGGAAUAUGAACGGGGACCCCUCCGACGACUUGCGCACGCGCAGCGGGAACCUUACGACCUCGCCGGGGAUAUUCGGGGCCAGUUGGAGGGUGGACGGCGAUGGCGGAGGGGACGUAUGCCGGGACUCCUGCACAGAUAGGUGCGGAGUCUGCACCGAGGCGGAGCGCUACUCGUUGCCGUCCUCCUGCGGCCUCCUCCGAGCCCAGAACGGCCCCUUCCGACAUUGCCAUGCCGCUAUCGACCCUCAGGAUUUCGAGCAGAGCUGCGUCUAUGACCUGUGCGCCACCGGCGGCCUGGAGGCCAGCCUCUGCCAGGCUCUCUCCAGCUAUGCCGAGGCGUGCCGCUCUGCUGGGAUGAGGCCAGAGCCCUGGAGGACCGAGACGUUCUGCGGCAUCCGGUGUCCGGCCAACAGUCACUAUGAGGCGUGUGGGAAUGUGUGCGACCGGGAUUGUGUCUUCAAUUCCUCCACUUUACACUGCAACGAGUCGUGCUCGGAAGGGUGUUUCUGUGAUCCGGGAUACUUCCGCGACGGGAGCGAAUGCGUCCCCCGGGAUCGCUGCGGCUGUUUACAUCACGGUGUCUACAUGAAGGCAAGAGAGGGAGUCAAGCAGAGCUCAAUCUCGUCGCGGUCUUACGCACAACUGGGCCCAUAA